AUGCUACCGCCUUUGCAAGGGGUACAUCAUCCACACCACACCAUAUCGGGAUCCCAGCAUCACGAGCAGCAUCACCGCUACCCUUACGGAGACAACACAUCGGACCCGCUCGUCGAGGAUCUCGCCGUCGCGGGCGGCAGCAGCAGCACCGCGCCGUACGAUUCUCACUCGGCCACGAUCUCCUCGGCUGACCAUCGACUGCAGCAUCAGCAGCAGCAUCAGCAGCAUCAGCAGCAUCAGCAGCAUCAGCAGCAUCAGCAGCAUCAGCAGCAUCAGCAGCAUCAGCAGCAUCAGCAGCAGCAGCAGCAGCAGCAGCAGCAGCAUCAGCAGCAUCAGCACCCUCACCAGCACCCUCACCAGCACCUCCAACAGUACCCGCCGCACCUUCCACCGAUGCCCUCCUCGCCGUACGGAGCUCGGUCGGAUGGAUCGCCCUCCCAGGCCACGAGCUCGGAAUACAAGCUGCGCAAAGAUGGCCUUCCCAAAAAGAAGCGGAAACAGGUACGAUUUUCGCACAAUGCUUUUUUCCUCCUCUUUCUCAUUCCGACAAGUCUGUCUCCCUCGACCCAAUUUUCUUUUAUGGGCUGUACCCCAUCCCAGGCGGUGACGAGAAUUCCGCUUCGGCAAUGUUCCAAGAAGUGGGCAGGUGGGCCGUUGAACGGGAUCGGGCAAAUCGCCCGCGCCCUGCCAGUGCUCGCCCGACGCCCAGGCCCACACUUGCCGCCCGAGUGAUGCGCAAGCGCGGCAACUUUAUUUCCAAGAUCUCUCAAGAGUCGUCAAGCGAUCACUGCUUGGAUUCUCAACUCGAUCGAACUAGUUACCGGCGAAUACCUGAUAAUUCGUACUAACGAAUUACCUGCUUUUUCAACCCUUCCCACAGUUGGUGUAAGUGUCCCACGGACCAUGCCUUGGUGUCGCUUCCGGCGCACCGACACGUCAUUUGCGCAGGCAUCGAUUCGCGGUGCCCCGUAGAUCACCUUACUUGCUCAAUCUGCGCGAAAAUCUAACUAGUGACACUUUGCUGCCCCUCACGAACUACACAGUGCAUGUGACUCGUGUCGGCUACGCCGGGUGCGUGCGCAAAGGGACCUCACACUUGUCCUGCCAAUGUCCGAACCUCAUCUUACUGUUGCCUUGCUCCUUUUCUUCCUGACAACAACAGGUCAAAUGCGACAAGGCCGAGAUGGGUGGAGGCGAUUGUGAGUCUUUGCCGGUCCAUAACGAUAUUGCGUACGAUCAGACCCUCUCAAGACAUCGUGCUCUUACCCGCCGCAGGCUCGGAAUGUCUGAAGAAGCACAUUAAGUGUACGGACGCCUACGUCAAGUCCAAGCCGAAGGUCGUCCGCAGCGGGAAGCUGAUCCAGCAAGCCAAGUAAAUCCGCGUUCGAUCUCUGGAUAUCGGGCCGUGGUAUAGGGAUUGACAUCAGCUAUUGUUCAACCCAAACCAGGAAACUGUAUGGGAACGGCGAAGACGGCGGAAGUGGCGACGAACGGCAACCAGAGGCCGGCGGCGAAGAAAUGGAGAGCAACGAAGAUUUUGAUGGACUGCUGUACGUUGCCUCGAACGCGAUCGAGACCUCCGCCGAAUCGGCCGCGACUGGUGCCCCCGAUCAUGGGUCACCCCCUCCGACUGCCCCGCCGUUAUCUCUCGUCACGGGGCCCCAAUCCCGCAUCAUCUCGACCCACCUCGGCUUGGCAGUGCAGGACCAUCUCGUGCAAACCUACUAUACAGUGUUCCAGGUGCAGAUGCACGUCGUCGACUGGCCCGUGUUUCAACAGACGUGGGACAAUGCAGGUCGCAAUGCGGCGGCGAUGAGUCCAACGAACGAGUGCCUCGCAGUUGUGAUCCAGGUAUGGUUCGGUUCGGCGGACAUACUCGGGGGUGCGGCCCUUCGUCGAUCUCUCGCUCAUUGAAGACUGUCCCACUUCCGCAGGCCUGGGCCGCUCGGCUCUCGGACCACCCCGUCGUUCUCGGUCAGGAAGGCGCUCUGACCUUGCCAACCUUGAAUGACGUUCGACACCACAAUGGCCGAGACUUCACCGACGUCGGGAACCGACGCGAACCGUUCGCGAGGGCUAUGCUGGAUCGCGCCCUCCAGGUGUGCGACGAGAGGGGAGCGCUGAGGAAAGCGAGUGCGGCUUGCUGCACUGCGCUCUUGUUGCUCGAGUUUCUGAUGGUUUGUAAGUCGAUUGUCUUGGCCCGGAAUAGAGUCACGUCAUAUCGGGCUUGACUGAAGCGUUGCUACAGGGGACAACUCGGGUAGGGCGCCGAGCUCGGCAGGCCGCUCGAUGAUGGUCAACUGCGCAGAGCACCUCCGGUUCAUCAACGAGCCUUCCUACGUCUCGGCCGACCCCGACGAAGUCGUUGUUCCUUCAGAGUUGAUCUCGGGAGGCACUUUGCUGUGGACGAUGUACACGCGCGACGCACUGACUGCGUUGAUGCGCUCUCAAACGCUCUGCCUCACCGACGAGGAUUUGGCCGGCCUCAGCGACCUCUUGGCGAUCCGACCUCAUGCUUCGGAAAUCAUGGCUACGGUCUCGUCGGACAACCCCCAGAUGCUGCUCGGACUGGCCGUCGUCUGCGUCUUCCGACACUUGACAAACUCGAUCCGCAAGUGUGCCAAGGCGAUAGCAGGGCGUAAGUAAUUCGCAUGGCUGGCGCAUUCUCGUUGCGCUCGGCUGACUCCGCUCUCGGCUUCGCUUUCUACUUGACAGCGCUGGCACGCCGUAUGCGACUGAACGAAGCUGCAGUCCGCGAGGAGUGGUCUGAUCUCGACCAAUCGGUGCGCUACACGGCCAUCUUCAAGGAGUCCGUCAAUCGCAUGGAUUGGACCUCGUUCCCGACGGCCAAGGCGCACGCGUGGUUCCGCGACGUCACUGUCAUGCAAGCGCAAAUCGCGCUCGCCGUGCAUAGCGUCGUCCUUGAGCGAUGGACGCUCGAAUCGAGCGACGAACGCUCCCUCGCUCGUGAUCCGACGUACGCGGGUUAUGUCGACAUGUUGCAUCAGCUCAAGUGCGAAUCGGACGAGCGCCUGCUCACCUGCAUUCGCGAGGUAACCAAGUACUACCGAGGGGUGAACCACUGCGUCGUCUUUGAAGGUUUGCUCUCGGGCGAGUUCAUGAAGGACUACCUAAAGGUAAGUCCACCGCUUGGGACUUUUCGGUGCCGGAAAGACCACAUGUGACCAGCACAAGAGAUUGAUUCUGUGCCGCUUACUCUUACAGCAUUUGCUUCGAUCGCCGACUUGGGAGGAAGGUGGUCCGGCGACUUGGACCUGGGAAGAUAAGCAACUUCACUGCGACGACGCGAUUAAGGUUCUUCGCAACGGAGGUUGGUGCUGGUCCGGUUACGACGUCGUCAUCGUCGAUGCGAUGCGACAUCUCGCCGACGAGGCGGCGCGGAUCGAGCAGGUUCAACGAAGACGGACCGAGUCGACAGCUUCGAACCAGGGACCUCCUUUGGGAUCGAACCAUGGAGGUGCGGCCGGAUACCCACUGGGGGCCUGGCGUGGCACACCGGGUACAUGGCCGCCUUCGCAGCAGCAUUUUCCCGCCCCGGGUGGGGCCGGUGCGGGUGGGUUCUCCCCCGCUUCGAAUCCGGCCGGCUUGUCCAGUCCUUCGACGUUCUCCUCCGCGGCAUUCCCGAUCCCCGAUCCGGCUUCCUCUGCCGGUACUUCUUUGGCCGCCUACGGUCUCGCGGGGUCACCCAAUCCCAUCGCUAUGAACUUUCCUCCCCCAAGCGGGCCGCCGCCGAGCGCCAACAACAAGAAGCUGGCGCACCUGUUGGGCAAUGGGUCCGACUAA